CUAUCAAUUUAGCCAUCAAAUUUCUCUAAAUUUCUCAUUCAAUUUCUUGUUUCCAGUCUUCAAAGGAAAAAUGGCAAUGCUUAGUGCUAAGAAACUCAUCAAGAUGGCCAGGAAAUGGCAGAAGUUUGCAGCCAUGCAGAGGAAGAGGAUUUCAUUUCCAAGAAAUGGUAGUGAUGCAGACAGUUGCAGUACAUCUUCAUCUUCUAUGGUUGAGAAAGGCCAUUUUGUAGUAUAUACAACUGAUCAAGCCCGUUUUGUCGUUCCCUUGGCUUACCUUGAAAAUGAGGUCAUAAGGCAACUUUUAAGCAUGUCCGAAGAAGAGUUUGGGUUGCCGAGUGGUGGCCCUAUUAAAUUACCCUGUGAUUCAGCCUUCAUGAGCUACAUCAUUUCACUAAUCAAGAAAGGUGUAGCUGCUGGAGAUCUUCACAGAGCAGUGCUCCUCUCGAUUCCUUCAUGCUGCUGUUCAACUUCUUCUUUGCACCAAGAAAGUGGAAAACUACAGCUUCUUGUUUGUUGAGUCAAGGCCAACAUUCUUUUU